AAAAACAACCAUUACUCAGAAUAGUUAAAACAAUAACAGUUAAAUAAAUUAAGUAGGUAUCUACUCAAGUGUUUUCCAAGAUGUUAAGUGACUUUUUGAGCUGGAAAAACCCUCCAGAAACGCCGAAAAAAUCGAAAACCCUUAAACAGAAACAGAUUUUUUCUAUGGAAAAAGACGAAAUGGCACAUCAAUUUGCAAUAUCUGACCAAUACAUGGUUCAUGUGGAAGACAUGGAAGAAGAGGGAGAUCAUUUGACAGCAGAAAACACAGAUGAUUCAAACCAUGAUGGGGGCGACAAGAUUGGGGCCCCAUUAAGGGAACAAGACAGAUUUUUGCCAAUUGCCAAUGUAGCAAAAAUAAUGAAAAAAGCCAUCCCGGAAACGGGAAAGGUAAAUAACAAAAUUGCUAAAGAUGCCAGGGAAUGCGUUCAAGAAUGUGUGUCUGAGUUUAUAAGUUUUAUUACCAGCGAGGCAAGUGAUAGGUGUCACAUGGAAAAACGAAAAACUAUCAAUGGGGAGGAUAUUUUGUUUGCUAUGAGCAGUUUGGGGUUUGAUAAUUAUGUGGAGCCUCUAAAAGUUUAUUUACAGAAAUAUAGAGAAGCAGCUAAAAGUGAUAAAAAUCUGACAAGUACAGGGGAACUGUAUGAGGAAAUCAAUGAGGAUCCCUUGUUGUCAGAUUUAAUGGUAUGAUUUUUUAGACGCAUCAGUGGCAAGCAAUUCAAUACACGAGAAUGGAGACACAGUGAUAUAUGCAUAUCAGGACAAUAAUAUUCAUCAGUUUCAGUUGGGUUAAUUGAAUGUUAAGUUUAUUACAAAGUUUAUUGUAAUUCUUGAUUUUUUUUAAUAGAUUUAAUUUAUUUUUAUUGCUAGAUUGUGAGGUUUUUAAUGUGGAUUAUGUAUGAAUUUUUUUGUACUGUAAGAAGAAUUAACUAUGUAUUUAAUAAAAAAUAUGUACAAAAUUAAUUAUA